CCGGCUAUAAGCCGAUAUAUACCUUACAUUGAUAUAAAAUCCCCUCCUCCCUCCUCCAUCCUCCGCCUCCUUCCUACCCCCGUCUACCAUCUACUCGCCCAGACAGAAUGCUCCCCCACCUCCCCCUCCUCCUGCUCCCAGUCCUGCUGUUCGCCGCCAAGGCCACGGCCCGCUGCACCACCACAACUACGCCCACUAUAACCCCGACCCCGACCCGCCCCGGCUGCAGCGACACCAUCUGUAUCAUCUCCACGAACACCGGCUGCGGAUGGGUCAUGGGCGGCUGCUAUCUGCAUAGCAGCUGCGGCGGGACGUAUUCUACCAAGGAGUGUAGCACGCCGGGGGUGAGCGAGGUGAGCUCUGAGAGCUCUACCACCACGACGACUACGGUGACGACGACGACUCCGGUUUAGGUGCUGUGGGACUGUGGGGAGGAGAAGGGUGGAAUACAGCCAUGUACAAUGUAUCAUGAGCCCAUGAAUCAGGUUUCAAGUUCGCACGUAUCUAUGCAAACCUGUCAAUUGUCACCUUUCACCUGUGUACCGUAUGCGCCAGAGUGUUUGGCGGUCUAGUGCUGAGCGAAGCCUAAGUACGAUGUCC